AUGCCUGUGCAAAAGAUUCCUUAUGCACAUCGCUUUGGUAUUAUUUCAACAUCAUAUAAAGAAAAAAUUCAAAAAGAUAUACAACAACGACAACAACAAGAAAGUGAUCGAUCAUCAUCAGCAUAUAGUAUUGACCAGGGAAAAAAAAAUUUAAUACUUGAAGUAACAGAAGAAUUCGUACGUGAUUAUAAUCGAGCUUCACCUACUGAAAAACCUAAACUCAAUGAUCUUAUCUAUCGAAUGUUACAACGACUUAAACGAAAAUCAUCACAAUGUCAAGUACAUUCAAAUCGACCGAUUCAAUUACAAAUGGCUUGGGCUGAAUUAUGUUUAUUAUCUCAAUGUAAAUCAUCUUAUCAAGAAGAAUGUUUAACAACACUAUAUCGAGCUUUAAUUUAUAGUCCAUUAAGUGCAAAUCAGAUCCCAACGUUAUUUUUUCUCUCAGAAACAAUUCUCUAUUGGCUUAAGAAUGAUGCUAUACUCGAACCAUUUCUAACAUCAACCGAAUUGAAACUGUUAAAAAUUGGUCAAGUUGUGUUUCAACUAUUGUAUUUUCAUUACUUAGAAGGCUCAACGGGACCUUAUGAAGAAUUCAAAGUUCGUCUCCAUACAUAUUUAGAAGGUCUUGAAGAAUGUGAAGCGGCUUAUUCUUCAUAUCCAAAUGCUGUUUGGUGUAUUCAUUAUAUUGAAUCAAUUGGUUCUGUUCUUGUGGCUAGUGUUGAUAAACACGUAUUAAAUUCUCGACGUAGUAUUUCAUCAGCAAACAGUCAACCACCACCACCAGUUCCACCGGAAGACUUUCGCGAGAUCAAUAAAUCUGAAUUAAGUGCUAUCGUUCAAGAAUUAUCACCGAUUAUUUGGCAUUCAGUUGAUGCUUGGUUGUUUGUUAGAAAAUAUUCAACAACAAAUUUAUCAGAAAUUAUGAACCAUUAUUUUAAUGAAACAAUUCUUUCAUUAAUUGCUUGCCGACAUAAAUUAAUCGAUGAAAAUUGGAUUGAUGUAGUUAUGGCUUUUCAAAUUCUGGCAGAUGUUGCAAAAACAAAUAUCGACAUGCUAGAAACUAUUCAAUUAUUGGCUCAACCUGAAUCAACUGCUCAACUUCCAUUGCAUAAACGUGCCGAUGUUCAUUUAUUGUCACGUGGCUGGCGUUCAUGGCCGUGGCAAUUGAUAGUUCUUCUAUGUGAAUGUCUCACAUCAAUUUGUAUUGGUACAACACAAGCCGUAAUUAAACGUACUGUUUUAUUUGGUGUUGAAACAUCAUCAGACAAUAUUCUUGCAUUUGCCAAUGAUAGUCAACUUCUUGUAAGUGAACAAAAAGCUUUUACUGAAACUAGUACAACACGUGGAAACGAUGAUAAUGUUUGUUUAAUGUAUAUGCUAAAUUAUCGAAUAAUCGAUGAACACGGAAAAUUAAACAACGAUGAAGAUGAUCAAUCAUGGCGUAUUCGAUAUAUGGGUCUUUUAUGCAUGUCACAAGUAUAUAAACAUUUGCAAACUGAACCGCGUCAUAAAACAAUAAGCAAUUUACUUUGGAUGUUUAUACAUGAAUAUGAAAAACGUGAACGUGAUGAUCGAAUACUUGAAGCACUUAAAGUCGGACGAUUCGAUGAUGAUAUCAUUCAAACAUUAAAAUCUGAUAUAGCAGACAAUCAAUUGGGUACCAUUUAUAAUAAUAUUGCUCAACGUUUGGCUGACGGAUUACUGCCAGAUCCAACACCAACUGAUUUACGAUCAGCCAAAAUAAAAGCGAAUAAAAAACCGUCAUUUAGAAAAGGACAAUUCUUUCCCACAUCACAUACUCAAGAUCGAUAUCGUCUCAGUAUACCUUCAGUUCCACCUUCAAGAGGUGAGAAAAAACCUAUUCAAAUAAAAAAAGUUAUUGAAAAUAAUAUUAACGAUGUCUUUAAACGAAAAGAACAAGUAUUAAAAAGUAUCAUCGUUGAUCAAUAUCGUAAAGAACUUGAAGAAAAUCAAGAUGACACAGUCGAUGUGAUUGAACAAUUGGAUACAAUGGUUGAACGAGCUAUGGAAAUCACAACACUAAAUGAAAACUCAUUAACAAGCGUUUUUACAUUAUCCAAUAAGAAAUUUAUUGUUGAUCCAUUGCAAGAACGACGAGCACUAGCAGAAUUGAUGGGUCAGAAACUGACGGCCGAUGAAAAUAAUGACAAAUAA